GCAGGACGAGCAGAAAGAUUACGACUACGCCGCGGAGCACACUGCGGCUGCUGAACGACCGGACCUAUCAUACGAAACAUACGAAACAUACAGGACGCCUAUAGACGACAACGACGAGGAUAGUGAUCAACAGAGGUUGGAAAAGAUAGCCAACGGAAAACCCAUAAAUACCCCUCGACAUCCUAUUCUUACCUCUCAGAAUGACAACACGCAAUCUAAACGGCAAUUGGAUUGACACUCUCCGACGACAAUACGUCUACGACCUGAAGGACGAGUCUCCCCAUCCCAUCAAAUACCUUCUUUACAACCCACACAAGAAGCAAGACUUGUACUUUGUUAUCCCCGAAAAGAUAGAAGAGCCACAACUACGACGCUCGCUUGUCAAGUACCACCUAUCUACCAAGGGUACAUCAGUCGUCGAGUGGGAGAACGAGCACAUCAAAGUCAUCUACCACCCUCGAUACGCAAAAGAGCUACGUGAAGCCGCCCAAUCAACCAACACAGAAGAUACCCAGAACGAAUUGCCUACCCAAGAACAGCAAACAUGAAGUUCACCCUCGCCACCGCUCUGAUACUCCUCGCUCCGGCACUCAUCAAAGCCUGGAAGUUCGAGGUCUUCGAAGAAGACUGCAUCACUUCCACUGAC